AUGGAUGACUCUUUCAAAAUUCCCUCUGACAUUCCUCAAGACUUGAUACUUAUCCAAAGCAUUGUUGGGAUAGACGAACAUGCGGAGUCUCAGCCAAAUAACAAGGAUCCUCCACGGACCUCUUCCUCUUCCUCUUCGGAUGAUUCCAUAGCAAGCUCUGGCAGUGAAGUUGACAGUGAAGACGAAAUAGAAACAGAGCUUGUAGUAAAGGUGGAAGAAAAGGAAGGUGAAGAAAAGGACCUUCUCAAUGUCCUUGCAUCCGACUCUGACUCCGACUCCGAUGAUUCGUCAAGUUCAUCUGAAUUGGCGGACAUUAAGUCGCCAAAAGGUGAUCCCCAACGAAAAGACAAGAAUGUUAAAGAGGACAUGGAAGAGGAGGACUCUGGUCCACCCCCAGCAAUACAGUCAUACUUUCAAACAAAGAGCGAGGUAUCAGAACACGCCAUAAACGUGCCAGACAUUGAGGAAGUAGAUCAAAAUGAGGACUUGGAGAAAGUAGGCGACAUAAUGAACAUCGUCGAAAACGUUGUUAUUGUCAAGGGAUCUCCGUCGGCAAUCGCGAACAAAAGGGCCGAAACAGCUCUUGAUUCUGAUACGUUACUAGUUUUUGAUAAUAGGAAAGUGCUAGGUUAUAUUUAUGAAACUUUUGGCCCAACGACUCAGCCUCUCUAUCAAGUGAGGUUCAAUUCGACGUAUCCUCUGGAUCCAGAAAAAGUACGCGUUUCUCGUGAAGUUUUCCACGUGCCACAGCGGAGCAAUUUCGUGUUCACACGUCAAAUCGCGGCGUUCAAGGGCAGCGAUGCAAGUAAUAUGAACGACGAAGAACCAGCAGAUCAUGAAUUGGAGUUUUCUGACGAUGAAGCAGAGGCAGAGCAUAGGAGGAAUCUUAAGAAGAAACGUGGUGGAAGCAGGGCAUCGUCCAGACAGUCGACUCCUACGCCGGCCCAUAUGCGUGAUCAGGACCUGAAUGAUGUCUACCAUAUGGGCAAGGAUGCCUACGCAGAAAGAGGACCAUACGAUGCAGAUUACGGAGGACAGGCUCCGUCGCGUCCAGCGCCCAGGCCAUAUAAUGACCCUUAUUCCGAUGAAUUCUCGGUUCCUUCAUCUAGUACAACAGCUUCAUCACCAAUUCACUCAGCAAGCCAACCAGGCUCAGCUACUGGUUCUCAGCUCGAGGAUGAAAUGCGGAACCGGGUGCGAGGGUCCAGGGGUAGAGGUGGCCAGGGCCGACGUAGGAGUGGUGUAUUCGAUCGCUCCCAGAAUCGCUCCCAGACACCUUCCGAAACCAGACAUAACGAUGUUCACGCCUCGUACCCCUUUGGUCCUCAACAUCAUGCACAACAGUAUCAGUUCCCCCAUCUGCAGCAACAAAUGCCACAAUGGCCUUACCCACCUAACAUGUCGACUGACAUGCAAUUCUCUGGCAUAUCUUUCCAGCAGCAUUCUACUCAGCCUCAUAUCAAUCCGCUGUUUGCUUCUCAAUUCGGGUUGCCAAUGGGUUUUGGUCAAAUGCAGCAUUCUCCACCCAGCAUGCGUCCUGAGCAAUCCAUGAGCGUUCCUUCUGCGGCAAACCCAGCUUCACACUGGAGCGAUCAGUUUACUGUGUAUGACGGCUCUGAACAAGGUGGAUUCACGAACAAGGGCAGCCACCAAUCUAUAAGGUGA